UCCGACGGCCGUCGCGCGCCGCGCCGCGAGCUGCGCUUUGCGAGUUGGGAGGGAGAGCACCUCUGGCUCUACCUGCAGGCCCUGGGCUUCAACCCCAGGGCUGCCGGCAUCGGCGUCCAAGUGGGACCGAAGAUGUUUGAGAAACCAAAUGCGACGGCGUUUUAUGUCGUUGCCUACUUCUUGUUUGCUAAGUUGGAUAAGCUCCGGACAGCACAAAUUUUUGGAGACUGUUCCCUUCCAGUAGGAGUAUUGAAAACUGCUGAAUUUAGGAAGAAGUGCUGUUUAUGGCUAAGAGAGAUUGCAAAUGAAGACCAAAGUCAGCUUCCAAGAUUUCCACCUUCUGCACUUGCUUCUCCUGGUGGUUCUAAUUUUAUUCACCUAAUGUAUCGCCUUGCGAGACAUGCAAUGCUUGAGGACAUGAAAAGGAACUCCACAGGCACUGAUAUACCUUUUGUUGAAGCUGUAAAGUUGACACCUGAAGAUGUGAACAUGGCAAAGGCAAGAUGUAGAGUUGCAUCCAAUAAACUUCUGCAAAUUCUUCAAAAGGAAAAUCUUGUUAUUCAAGAGUAUAAUAAGAAAAAGCAGCUUUUACUUAAAGAAAUAAAGCAGAUAAAGUCUGAAUAUGAAGUCCUGCAGCUGAAGUCUUUCAAGAUGAAACAAAAUGACCAAAACAAAAAUAACAGAACUGAGAAAAUUCAAAAGGUCCGCAGUAUGUGGGCAGUUAUAAUGGAAACCAUUACAUCUCUGACAAAGGAAAAGGAAGCUGUGGAUUAUGUACUUCAAGGUUGUGUCGGCCAGUACAUUUUAGACGGAGCUAGGGUUGAUUUCAGAAUUCCACGGCUGUUGGCACACAGAGUUGAAAAUGACGCACACGAACAUUGGUCAAGAAAUGUAUACGAAGCCGGAAAACUGAAUUUCUUAAUGGUCAUUCGGUUAUUAAAUGAAGCCCUGAGGACACUGAGAGAUGAAAUUUGUCAAUCUGAAUUAACACCACAACUUGCGUACAUUAAGGAUAUUAAUGUGAAAUGCACAGAAAUAUUACAGAAUUUGCAAUCAAUCAGGCCAAAUUUAAAUCAACAGCAUUACGUGUCAAGGAGUGAAUCUAUUUCUAGAGAACAGGAAGACUGGGAAGCGAAGUGGAAAAACUUUCUUGGCCUGUGUCCUUUCAACUUAAUGCUAAAGCAGAAUCCACAACUUGGUCUGUUAAGAGCUUCACCACCCCAUUCUUUUCAUCCUUCAGAAGAUGAUGAUGACGAUAGCAUGUUUUAUCAGCAUCUACUAUCGGUUUCAGGAGUUGCUUCAGGUUGGAGGAGUAAUAAGAAAGAAGAUAAAUAUUUUCCCAUUGGCCAGCUGGGAAAAGAGGUUGAAGGUGUCCCUUCAGAUAUUAAGUCCUUUCAUGAAGUAUGUAAUGAGAAAGUUUCUGGUGCCUCAUCAUCUGUGAUGGAUACGGCAACAACAGCAUCAAGAUGGAUCUCUUCAGUACCUUCAGAGUUGUCAAAAGCAUGUGAAAACGGAGACGCAUUAAUUGAAAAGAACUUGCCUAUUGAGGCUUGCAAGGGGGAGAAAAUGCCUGUACCUCCAAAGAUCUUAAAAAAAGGAAAGGAUGACUGUGCCAUUUCAGAAGUGCCAGAGAAUACAGGUGAUCACAUUGUGCAGACAGAGUCUCCUGUCAAAAAAGAGGACCCUCUUAAGAAAAGCAGCGAUGAACUGGCAGAGGAGAUUGCAAGGACAGUGGUGUCUGAGUCACCUCAGAGUGAUGAAGACAACGGAAUGGCAUUAGAAGAUCUCUUAAGCUCAAUGGAUUUUAACCCAUUUUUAACAAAGAAACAAAUUCCCCGAACUCCAGAAAAUCUGCUUACUGAAAUUAGAAGCUCAUGGAGAAAAGCUGUUCAACCUGACAACUCAGACAUAGAGCUGCCCUCAGCUAAAGUAAUGAGAGAAGAAGCUCCAGUGGAUGCUGGACCUAUAAUGCAGGUGGUGGCAGAUUCUAGACUUAUGUCCUCUACCCCUGCAUCUCCUGUAACUGACUGUGAUCUUUUCUUGUCAGAAAUGACAUCCCCAUUAUGUUCUACAGAAGUUAAGUCUCAAAAGCAGACGAGGAUAAGUCACAUCAUUGAAUCUCCAAUUUUAGAAACAUCUGGAAUGCAAGAGAGUGAGAGAACUGGAGAACAGGAAUUAAAAUGUAUUCAAAACAUUUCUGUACAGAAUGUAAAUUCCGGAGAAGAUCCAGAACCGAGUUCUUCAUGUGUGAAGAGGAGUGUGAAUACUCUAGGCAGUUGUUCAGAAAACAAUAGUAAAAUAACCGUUCUACCUUCAGACUACUUCCAGGAUUCUUCAAUGAGUAGGAUGCUGAAUCAGAAUGUAUCUCCAUUGUUAAGUUCUGUCAGUUGUAAAGCUUCCAUAUCAUGGAUAUUGGAUGAGGUAUUUCCAGAAGAACUUGAUAGCAUGAAUACUACUGAAUGUGCAAUCUCAGACUCUGAUUUUGAUGUAGCAAUCACAGAUAUAUCAGCUGGUUCAAAAAAUAAGGGAGAUAUUCAAGAAUCAAAGCUAGAUCUACAGUCCCUGUUCAGCCCACAUAAAGCACUGAAAAGGACUGCAUCUACAAGUGAAGAGGAGUUCCAUCAAGCACAUAAUGGAGGUGAAUCUGUAAGUUGUACAUCAGACAAAAAUCUUAAACCAGAAAAAAGAGAUGAAUUGUUCAGUCCUGUAGUCACCUUGGAUGAAGCAUUUAGCAGGACACCAUUACCAACAUCUGUUAAUGAAAGAAAAUAUUCCCUGUCAUCUUUGGUGGCAUCUUGUAAACGUCUGGAGGAAAUGACAUCAAUGAUACACAAUGUCCCAUUAAGCUUAAUAACUAAAUUGAAAGAUAAAGAGCAAUUGAAUGAGGAGCUGGGCACAAAGGAACCAUCAUCAGGAUAGAAUUCCUAAAGCAGAAGCAUAACCAUAGUAGCAGUGCAAUUUUCGUUCAUGUAGGCAUGUAGCAUGCUCUCUAAGCACUGCCUAGAUAGAAAAGUUGCACUCCUUCCUGUUUUUUUGCAGAGACUAUAUUCUGGGCUCCUUGUCUAGAAGUUUCAGUUACCUGCUUGUUCUUCCAAUUUCAUGUCAUCCAUAGUAGCAUUCUAUGUACAGCCCAUCAUUUAUGUUCAGAAAUAUAUAUUCCUUUUGAAGCAUAUUUUGAAAAAUAGCAGAUGUUGAGUAGGUGAUAUAAUCCUAAAAAAUGGAAAAUUAAAGUUUCAAUGGAGAAAGAGUGAAAUCUUUGGUGUCUCUGUCUUCCCUCUAAUUUUACCACCACCACCACCUCCUGCAAAAGAACCCACCCAGAAUUUACUUGGUGCUCUACAUACAUUGAAUUCUUUUCUCUUAUUGAGACUUCUGAUCAGUAAGUGCCAUUAGCUUUACCUGUUGAUAGAGGCUGCUUUACAUAAACUUUUACUGAAAUGCCUGUCAUUAUAGUCAUGUUACUAAAUAAAUGUAUAUUGAACUGAA